GUAUCAGUGUUUUAUGUUCUAUUAGGGAUCUCCCUCUCUUUGGAGCCCAUUCAACUGGCACGCGACCGAAAUCGGGAAAGGUUUGUGGACACUAUGUUCUCCUCGAUAUUUCGUCGCGCUCUACGCCUCUAUCUUCCUGUUUACUUUGUUCAGUCUUGCAUGCUAUUCGCAAGCUGUCUGGGCAUGUACAAUCACGCGUACGCCUCGUCACAAGAUUGGCCGUUUGUGGGAACAAACGAGGUGCAGCAAGACGUGAAGAUCACGAAUGCGGGACAAAUUCAACACUGGGCUACAGAGUUGUGGCAUCUUGCAAUCCCGUUCAGGCCUAUUCGACCAGAAUACGAUGUAUAUCUAUGGACCGUUCAACUCGAAUUCCGGAACUCCAUCAUUAUCUUCGCGAUACUGGUUGGAUGCGCAAAAUUGGGACCGCGGACCCGAAUGACUUUAACGGCCAUCUUCUACACCUUCUGCCUAGUGGUGAACGAAGGUGAAGUUGGAUUGUUUAUAGCUGGCAUGGGUUUAGCCGAGUUUCUCUUGAUUCGUGAUGAAGAUGCGAAAAAGCUAUCAUCAACAAAGAGGAAACCCCAGAAGCAGAGUCUGUGCACCAAGACCAUAUGGGCCGCAGUGCUCCUCCUCGGAUCGCACCUUCUGUCUUGGCCAGCUUGGAGAUAUCAGACCUUGCCUGGAUACAUAAUAAUCUAUAAUCUCACCCCAUCAUUCAUUGAAAGUCCGGAAUGGACGUGGUGGCAUGUCGGUGCGGCCGUAUCCAUGCUUGCUUUGUGUGGCUCUGAUCAACUUCGGAGACCGUUCCAAACUCCAUUUGCCAUCUAUUUGGGCAAGAUGUCGUUUCCUUUGUAUAUUAUCCACGGACCGAGUAAUCACAUCUUAGGAACAUGGCUUGUCCAGUUUUUUUGGGGGUUCACUGGAAAUGCGACAUCAUUCACAUAUGAACUUGGGGUGGUCGUAGCAUUUUGCACCGAGGCCGUUGCUGUAGUGUGGCUAUCAGAUAUUCUGACAAGAACGGUUGACAUACCCUGUGCAAAAUUGGGGCGAACACUCCAGCAUAGAUGGUCUUGA